UAAGGCGGUGAGGAGGUUAAUCUCGUGGCAGGGUUUCUCAUGCUGCCGCUCUCAUUGGGUGUGCUUCAUUGUUCAGACUCUUGGACGGUCGACGACGUCAAACUAACUGACAGCUGUUCAACAGACUUUACACUGCGACUAACAGCAGAGAUCAGCAGCCAUGGGGAAAGGAUGUAUUACAGCCACCAAGUACUUCCUGUUCCUGUUCAAUCUCCUCUUCUUUUUUUUUGGAGCUGUAAUCAUGGGCUUUGGACUAUGGGUCAUGCUGGAUAACCAGAGUUUCAUUACAGUUUUGCACGAGUCUUCCAACACGCUGAAAGUUGGAGCCUACAUCCUUAUUGGAACUGGUUCACUCUCCAUGCUCAUGGGAUUUCUUGGCUGCAUUGGUGCCAUUUAUGAGAUCCGCUGUUUACUUGGACUGUACUUCACCUGUCUCCUGCUCAUCCUUAUCGCCCAGGUGACGGCAGCUGUCCUAAUCUACUUCCAGAGAGACCUGCUGAAACAAGAGAUGUCCACAAUUGUGAACAAAAUUCUGGUGAACUACACCGGUCAUAACAAGACAUCGGAGCAUGCCUGGGAUUACCUCCAGAGAACGAUGGGAUGCUGUGGUUGGACAGGACCAUCUAACUGGACCGAGAACAUGUCGAUAAAGAACAACUCUCAGAUUUUGUAUCCAUGCUCCUGCAGGAAUGAAUCCAUCAGUGGCACAGAUAUAAAAGAAACAGGCCUUUGUAAGAGUUUGGUGCCUGAGUGGCCUGUCUUCACUAUGGGUUGUAUAUCUAGUAUGGAGGACUGGCUCCUUGGGAACCAUGGAGUUAUUUUGGGAGUCUGUGUUGGAAUAGCAGUGAUUGAGCUUUUAGGGAUGAUUCUAUCCAUGUGCCUGUGCAAGAGUGUUCAACAGGAGGAUUACACCAAAGUACCUAAAUACUGAGAGUAGAACCCCCCCUUCACUGACUCGCACAUCAACAAACACCAGUGUUACAGUCUCUUCACCAGCAGACCAAGUGGAACAACGUGAACCAGAGAACAUUUCAUCUCCAGAAACAAACACACCACAACACACAUUCUUCACUUUGUUCACAUCAAAUAUUGAUGUCACCUGAUAAAUGUUUUAUUACACUCUUUUUCUUAUUGGUGUUCUGCAGGGCCUACUUAGCUUUAUAUUUCGUGUAUAGAUUUACAGUACGCUGUCUGCGUUUGUUGCUUUUCUGUGCUGUUGCGUUUCUGGUUUUCAUUGUUAGUUGAAUCUGAGAGCACUAUAGUGAAUUGAGUUUGAUUGAUAUGGGAAAGCGCUAUGAGCAAUAUUUUUCAUUUUUAUAAAAACAAAAUGGGGUGGGGGGGAUUUUUAUAAUUUUUAUGUUAACUGAGAAUUGUAUACUUGGAUUUCGGUUAUGUAUAUACUGUAUCAACAUGAAUGGCAUACUUCAAUGAGGUUUGUUCUAUGUGAAUAAUUACACUAGUUAUCGCAUCACUUAAUGAUGGUAUUGCUGUGUGGAAGCAAAGCCUACAUCUGUCAAGACUUUAGGUGGGUGUUAUUAGCUGGGGUUGGGUCACUCGGGGUGGAGUCAGGUGUGGUAAGGUUAAACAUGGCUGCGGUUGAAGAAUUUGAGGGCAGACCAGAAGAUUGAAGACUAGAAUGGCAUGGCAUAGUGUUUUUUAUGUGGUUUACAUGUGUCCGCCUGCAUCUCUGGAUCUGUGUGAAUUUAGGCUAGGGCUGUAUCCCACAUUUCCUUAUGCUGCUAAAACAGCUGUAAAAGUAUGGCAGCACCUGCCCACUAGACUCAACAUUAAAUCCAGAUUCUUCUGGAUCUGCCUUCCAAAAACUGAUCCAUUUCAACAGGGACAGCAUGGACCAAAAACAUUUGCAUGAAGUAGUGUGAGGCUUUUUAAUUAUUCUUUCUUACAAUAUCGGGGUGUCUUCCUUUUUAAUAUUUUUGUAUCUAUGCUUUUAUUUUGUGUGAAACUGAUGUAAACCUCAGCAUUUUGAAUGAAGAAAGCCUUGUUUUGUUUAUGUCUGGUGUUUCUGAGGAAUAGUUUUGGCUGUAUCAGUGUUAGUCCUGGAGCAAUCAGACAUUCCUCUGAAGAUGAUGUUGGAAAAAAACGGGCCCUUGUCUGUAUGGUCAUUCCCAAACACUAGAAGUAAUUUCACACAUUUGGUUUAAAGGGUUGUUCUUUUUAAAUGUAUGCUGGAACGUUUGAAAGCUUGAAAUCUAAAAAUAUAUGAAUUCUGUCAAAUGUACUUUCAGUGUCCUUUAAAAUAAACUGCCACUUUUAAAAUUGUUGUAAUAUGUAAUUAGAGCUAGAAGAAUUGAUCUCUGGAUGUUUCAUCAGAUACGCCAUUUCAUUUUUUUCUGCUGGAUUUUUAUUAUUAUAUAUAUAUAUAUAUAUAUAUAUAAAAUGAUUUAGUAUGCUUUUGACAGCAUGAUUUGAUCAGGAAGAAAUACCAACAUUGGGAUAAGUGAAAAAGGUAAUUUUUAUUUUAUUUUUUUUUUUUGGUUCUGCAUUUAUUUUGCAAGAUUUUCUGAGGGUGAGCAGAGAAGCCAUGUUUAUUUAGUGAGCUUUAAGGGAUUAAGUAAAUCAUAUCUAUGCAGAGUUUGAUUAAAUGAAAAC